UUGGGAAGAAACAUAAGAACUCCUUGUCUCUCUCUCGCUGUUACAGUGUGUACUUUGAGAUUUUAGUCUUCAAUAAUGUCAACGACACUCGAAAAUGGUGAUGAUAGUCCUCACCCGGGAGAUGGAUCAGUAAACAUCAACGGAGAGCUUGCUGUCAAGAGGAAAACUGGGACAUGGAGAGCAUGCUUCUUUGUUGUAGGCACUUUCUUCUGUGAACGUUUGGCAUAUUUCGGGAUUGCCUCUAAUCUUCUUAUUCAUCUCACCGCAAAACUGAAUAUAAGCCUUGUCUCUGCUGCAAAAAACGUUAACACAUUUCAGGGAACAUGCUAUCUUACACCUCUCAUCGGAUCCUUCUUAGCUGAUGCUUACUGGGGAAGAUAUUGGACCAUUGCCGUGUUCUACUCAGUCUAUCUCAUUGGAAUCUGCAUAUUGAUUCUUUCAGCAUCUAUUCCUGCACUGAAGCCAGUGGAGUGUGUGAAUUCUGUGUGCCCACCACCAACUGUAAAUCAAAGUGUUGUGUUCUUCUUAGGACUGUAUUUGAUAGCACUGGGGACAGGUGGGGUCAAGCCAUGUAUUUGGCCAAUUGGGGCAGAUCAGUUUGAUGAUACAGAUCGUAAGGAAAAAGCAAGUAAAGGAUCCUUCUUUAACUGGAAUUAUUUCACUAGUAACAUUGGUGCACUUAUAGCAGUCACUGCAUUGGUAUGGAUUGAAGAAAAUGUUGGAUGGGGCCUCGGAUAUGGCAUUGCUGCAUCAUUUAUUGGUAUUGCAAUCGUUGUUUUCUUUCUCGGUACACCUUUUUAUAGGCUUCAAAGGCCAGGGGGAAGUCCUCUUACAAGAAUAUGUCAGGUGGUUUCUGCUACUUUGCGUAAGUGGAAAGUGGAGGUUCCUCAGGAUAGUUGUAUGCUCUUUGAAAUAAAAGCGAGGAAUUCCUCGACUGAUGGAAGUUCUAGACUAGAGCAUAGCGAUGGAUUGAGGUUCCUAGAUAAAGCAGCAGUGCUAUCAGAUACAGAGAAAGAGGGUGCCGAAGUAUCUAAUCCAUGGAAGCUUUGCACUGUAACUCAGGUGGAAGAGUUGAAGAUUUUGAUCCGCUUGUUUCCAAUCUGGGCGACCGGAAUAAUCUUCUGUGCUGUGUAUGCUCAAAUGUCUUCAAUGUUUGUCGCGCAAGGGAAGAAGAUGGACACCCAUCUUGGUUCUUUCAAAGUUCCGGCAGCCUCUCUUUCAACUUUCGCCAUCAUCGGUGUCAUUAUUUGGGUUCCCAUUUAUGAUAGAGGGAUUGUUCCAAUUGCAAGAAAAUUCACCGGCAAUGUAAAGGGCUUCUCAGAAUUGCAAAGGAUGGGAAUUGGCUUAUUUAUCUCCAUUAUGUGCAUGUCAGCUGCUGCUAUAGUAGAGACCAAGAGAUUACAAAAGGCAAAGGAGUAUGGACUGGUUCAUAAAAAAGUCCCUGUACCACUAAGUAUAUCAUGGCAAAUACCUCAAUAUUUCUUGCUUGGUGCUGCAGAGGUGUUCACCUUUGUUGGACAACAUGAAUUUUUCUAUGAGGAAGCGCCGCCUUCGAUGCGUAGUGUCUGCAGCGCAUUGGCACUUCUAACAAAUUCAUUGGGGAACUACCUGAGCACUUUGAUUCUUACUAUUGUUGGUCACAUCACAAGAAAAUAUGGAAAUCAUGGAUGGAUAACAAAUAAUUUGAAUGAGGGCCAUCUAGAUUACUUUUUCUGGAUGCUGGCUGGUCUCAGUUUCUUAAACAUGUUGGUUUAUAUUGUCUGUGCUAUACGGUACAAGAAACAAAAGGUUUAUCACAUGAGUGACUCACCAUAAGUGACCCACUCCAAGUAAAAAUUCUUGAUUAUUUGAUUGGUUUGUUUCCAGCAGUUACAACAUUCAUCAUUGUUAGAAGCUCCACCUCUGCAUCAAGGUCACAGACUCAGGGUUAAUGAUAGCAACUCAGCCCAAAUGAUCUUGGUCUAGACUAGAAGCUACUGCUACUGCUGGUUAGGCGCGAGCGAGACUGGAGUGAUUGUAUCCAUUAUCAUGUCACAUUAUCUUAUAUUUCAUAUAUAUCCUGAUGUUGAUUCGGUUAUUUUGCUGUUUUGAUGUUCUGCUAUCUUUUGUAUCAGAAAUUGUUGCAUUGUGAGUGUAUGAUUGGUUAUAUAUGAUAAUUGAAAUGUAAGAAAAGGCA